UUAGUGGAGUUGUAGAAGAGGAUGUUUUGCAAAUGUUCUUUAAGGAGAGAAAACUAAGCGGAGAUUUUAUAUCGAAAGCUUCUGAUAUAUUUUGGCAGAGUGAGGUCAAGCAAUUUGUUGAUGCUGAUGCUGUUGAACCUGCUGAAACUCCUCAACAAACAGGGCAGGUCUUGGAAGGGGAUAAUGAUGGUGGGUUUUUAAAACUGUCAAGAGCCAAUGAAUGGGUAUCAGGUGACAUCUCUGCACCAGUCAAUAAGAAAGCCAUUGCUAAGGCAUUGAGGGAUGAUAGUGAAAGACGGAAGAAAUUGAACCUUCUCCAAUAUGAAGCGAUAAAGAGGGAGAUGAUGCUUUUAUCUGUUGGUAUUGGAACAGCAUGCAGUGGGUAUUGUUUGAUAGUUUUCUCAGUCCAGACGGCUAUUAGUUACGCGGCAGGAGUUCUUUUCAGCUGCUUGUACCUUCAGCUCUUAUACCAACAUGCGGACACCCUAUCUAGAGAAACUGUUCCACUAGUUUUCAGGCAAAAGAAGGCAAAGAAAAUUGGAAUCAGAAGUGAGGACCUUAAGGAUUCUAUAGAGAAAUCAUUUAAAGGUAGUGGGAUUGCUCUUUCAUCGCCACGACUUGUGAUCCCUGCCGCAAUAUAUGGAUUGUGGAUCCUGUCUCAUCAGUAUUUUGCCAAUGACUUCUUUGAUUUCCAGCUUGUGCCAGCCAUGUUUGGGAUGUUUGUCUAUAAAGCUGCUGCUCUUGUUCAAGUGUAUAGAGAUAAUGAGGACCUGCAAUUUGUCUUUCCAGAAAAUGGAGAUGGCUCACGUGACUAAAAUAUUGAUAAUCUUAAAUUUUUGAAAAGAAGGGUUAGAUGCUUUACAGAAGUCAACUGUCGAACAGGUUAUGAGUUGAACUUCCUUUGCAAGUCUACAUAUGUUGAAUUCAGUAACCAGAUUCAAAUGAGGAAAGCAACUUCAAGAUGUCCAAAGUGAAAUGACAUAUUUUGUGGAGCUGGUGUAGGUGGGUUGGCCUGUUCAUAUUGAUAGGAAGAGAUAAAUUUAAUUAUCUAAUUUAUAUUUUAAUACUUCUCCUCACAUCUUAAUAAGUGAGGCAUAAUACGAUAAAUAUUUAAUUGUAAUUGGGGGUGAAUGAUGUAGAGAAGGUUUGAAUUCAGGAUCUUUGGCUUUAAUAUCAUGUUAAAUCGU